GUAUACAUGCACACAAACACACAAAAAGAACAGCUCAUCACAUCACAGCUACUACAUCAGCAAUCAUCUCUUUCACUAACUAUACAGCCAUCCCUCUGCUUCACUUCUCUCUAUAUCCUCAUCAAGGGUCAAUCCUCGCACGUUCAUUCUCCAAUCUCCAAUCCACCUGCCUCCCCAACUGACCACCACUCACUCACCCAACCGGAGGCGUUUUGUUUCUUGCUGCCAUGUAUUAGCUUCGUCCACCCUCGUUUCAGCAACAUGCCCCGACAAAUAUUAAAAACAAAUCAUGCCUAGAAUCGAGGCCUUGCUCUGCCUCAGCCAGCCAGCCAUGACAAGUGGGCAUGGCCCAAGCCAUGGAUGAUGGUUGAUUGCACCCCCUGCUCGCUCACUAUCGCACAUCGCACAUGCUGUCCGAUUGAAUCCGGACGCAACCUGCGACCCCUCCCACUCCUCCACCCAUCCACCCUUUCUAUCCAUCCAUCCAUCCAUCCAUCCACCCAAUAUACCCCAGAUGCAAACAAGACGCUGCAACCAUGGUUAAAUCCAGCCGUCACAGUCAUGAUGAUAUCCCUCUCCUCUUCCGUGGCCUCUUUUCUUUUCCGCCACUGUCCACCCGAAACCCUGUUCCACCUACGUCUCUUUGGUCUGAGUCGUUCGUUUCAAACCUGUUCCCGCAACCGUUUCCGCUGCCGUUCCGUCCACCUCUGCCCGACUUUCCAUUCCUCUCUUUGCCCUUCUUCUUCCUCUUCUCCAACUCAACUACCUCACCAUGCAGCCCGAGCCUGA